AUGUCGGACAAUUGGAUUCAAAAUCAUGAAAGUUGUAAAAAUUAUGCACAAGAAAUCAAUGAAAAUAUUAAUGAAUAUAAUAAGUUACCCAAUGGUAGUUCACAACGAGCUAAAAAAUCAUCCACUAUUCGUACGAUGAUAUCCGAAUUGAAUAAGGAUGUUGAUAAACUUUCGAAGGAUUUAACUACCCAGUCACGCAAUGGUUCUAUAACACAACGAGAAGCAAAUCGUCGACGAACAUUAGUUGAUGCAAUAAAACAAUCGAAAGAAGAAAUAGAAAAAUCUAUGAGAGAAGGUUUUAAUAACACUUCAUCUCAUGAUCGUAUGGAUCCACGUUUAGCACCUGCUGUUGAAACGCAGUCUACUCAAGGUUUAACCAAUGAAGAAAUGACUGGAGUUCGUGGGAAUUUACGCAAAAAUAAUGAUGAAGCUAUUGAUGCAUUACACGCUAUCGUGAAACGUCAAAAGGAAAUCGGCGGUGCGAUGCAUAAUGAAGUUGAAAGACACAAUGAAAUAAUUGACACAAUAACCGAUCGUACCGGACUAUUGGAUUCUCGUGUUAAACGUCAAACAAUGCUAGUUAACGUAAUUGAUCGAAAGUCAUCCACAUUAUGCUUAUGGGUAGUAAUUAUCCUUCUGUUUAUCGCCAUUAUUGUAAUAGCUUCUGUUCCAUUUAAAAAAUAA